UAACUAAUAGAAUAUUUUAAAUUCUGAUUCUACUACCCGUACUUUAUGGUCUGUACUACUGUUAUUCUUAAUUAUUAUAUUGCGAAUUUUCGUAUUUAAAACUUGUUAAUCCUCAAUAUUUAAAAAGUUAUAACACAAUUUUGCUAAAUAAAUUAAAUAUCUCUUAAUUUGCUGUAAUAAGUAAAAAAAUAAAAUGAAAAUUGCUGUUGAAGGCUGUGCUCAUGGUGAGCUAGAACAGAUUUAUAACACUUUAGAACUAAUUGAAAAACGUCAAAACAUAAAAGUCGAUUUGCUUAUAUGUUGUGGAGAUUUCCAAGCAACAAGAAAUGUAAACGAUUUAUCGUCAAUGGCAGUUCCUCAAAAAUAUAGACAAUUGUGUACUUUUUACAAGUAUUUUAUUGGAUUUUUAUUGUUGAAAAUAUCAAAUGUUUAUUUAUUUAUUUUUUUUAGAUAUUAUACUGGAAAAUUAAUUGCACCUGUUCUGACAAUAUUUAUUGGUGGAAAUCACGAAGCCUCUAAUCAUUUGCAAGAAUUGAGUUAUGGAGGCUGGGCAGCACCCAAUAUAUAUUAUAUGGGUUUAGCGAGUGUAAUAAAUGUUGGUGGUAUUCGUAUUGGAGGAAUUUCUGGUAUUUACAAACCCAAGGAUUACAUGCGUGGUAGACAUGAAAAGCCACCAUAUAAUGAAUUUACAAAAAGAAGUAUAUAUCAUGUGCGACAAUUGGAAGUUUUUCGAUUAAAACAAGUAAUAUGUUUUAUUUAAUUUAUAUAUAUAUAUAAUAUAAUAUUAUUAAUAAAAGCAAACCAUUUACUAGGAUCAGCCUAAUGUAUAGAAAAAAAAAAAAUAUUGAUGCUUAUAUUUCAGGAUUACCUCACUUUUAUCUUUAUUUUUAAAAAGUAAAUUUUAUAAUGACUAAUUGAAAAAUAGCCAAAGAAGUUAGUCUUGUCAUUUUGUUUGAAGUUAAUUAAAAAAAUAUAGUACAUGGCAAAAAGAGCUUUCAAUUAUCUUAGGCGCACAACUACAUAUUCUUGACUACCUACAGGAAUUAUACAAUUAAAAUAACUUUUGUUCUAUUAUAUAUUUUUUAAAUUAUUAGUAUGACUCUGUGCUACAGUUAAUAUAUUAUAAAAAAGUUUAGAAGGGGCGGGGACUUUGAAAAAUAGAUUUUUAGAAAACUUUUAUUUAAGUAUAGUCAUUUAUUUUCUACAAUUAUUUGAAGUUUUGGCAAAUGUAUGAUUUAUAAUAUUUAAUACAUAGUCAGAGCAAAUCAAUGAUAAUGAUUUUCUAUUUCAUGUGUUAAUACAAUUCAAUAAUACUACUGACUACUAAUUAAAUAUAUAAUAGAUUAUUUUUCCAAUCAAAAAUUUUGAACAAUCAAAAAUUAUUUUGAAAAUCUAUUUUUAAUUUUAAUUUUAGGUUCUCCUUCAAUUUGUUUUUAAUAUAUUAAAUAAAUAACUUUACUAAAUUAUUAACUUAAUUAAUUAUAUAAAAAAUUUUGAAUAGUUAUUUUAAGUGCCAGAUUAUCAUGGGAAACUCUGUACAUAAUAUUAUAAAAUAAUGAAAUUAAAAAUUAAAUGAUUAAAAUCAAAUUAAUAUUUAUUUAUUUUUCUUGGGGGGGGGGGAAAUGAGUCUUAAUAUCCAAAAGGUUCUUUAAAAAUGAAUUGUCUACCAAAGAAAUUUAGAUUGGUUUGAGUCUAAAUGAUAGUGAGCUGUUUCCCUCUGUCUUUUAUUUUACCACUGUGGUUGGAUUCUCAAAAUUCAAUGUAUAAUUUAUUGUAUUCUGAUCAUAAUUAGAAGUUUUGAAUAGGCCUGUUUUACAUUUAUAUAUAAAUUGAUGAUGUUAGUUAACUUACUUUAUUCCUACUGGUGCUAAAAAAUGUAUAGAAUUUCAUAUUUUCAAUAAAAAAUAUAAAUAUAUUAUUUCUUGUAUUAUCUUUGAAAAAAAUAAAUGAAGUACAUUUACAAUUGUUUGCCAUAAUUGAUAAAUUAUUGUUAUUUUAAUGUAUUUGAUGAAUUAUUACAAAUAUAAAAUUGAAUUUCCUAAUACAAAGUUGUAUGUGUAUAAAGAUAAUUCUCCAUUUUAUUGUUAGAGUUAGAUUUAUUUAAUAUUAGGCUAAAAAUAUGGUAACUACAACUAAAUCAGAAUUUUUCAGUAAAAUAUAUAUCAAACAAAUUUAUAUUAAUUGUUUAUAUAAGUUCAGUCAAAAAUCUCUAACACAAUUUUAUAAAUUUUGUCAUCAGUCCAAGUUAGAUAAGGGAUUUUUUGAAGGAAACUAAUAUUACCUUUGAAUCUAUUAAGUGAUUUGUUGGUUUUAUUUGAUAUAAAAUUUGACUAGAACUUAAGUACCAUAAGUGAUUUUUAAAUUUAUUGAAAGAAACAUGAUGUAUGUUCAUUAACUAUUUUGGGUUUUCCUUUUGUUUUUUUUUAACCCUCCCCCUGAAGUAAGUGGCCAUUAUUAAUAUUAUAAUUAGGGCCCCCUACCCUAGAUUUCAAUGCAAAAUGCUCCUUUUUUUUAGCGAUUUUAGACAAUGAUUUCAAAGUACAUAAUUUGAUUCACGUACCAGAGACUUCAAAGAUGAAACUUUUAAUUUAAUUUUAAAAGAUUUUUUUUGCAUUUUUCAUUUUUAGAAUACUUUUUAGCAUUUUUUAGUAAUUUUUUCAUUUAUGUGCUUAUUUGUACAAUUUAUGACUAUAAUAUAAUAUUGUAUUUGCUGUGGCGGAUCCAGGAGAACACAGGGGCAUGUGGAAAAGGAACCAUUGGACUACAGUUUUUAUUUAUAUUUUGUAUAUUAAUUUAAUAUAUAACUUAUAAUUAAUUUACUGAAAAUAUAAUUUAUGGGCCCCCCCCUUUUAAAAAUUUCUGAAUCCGGUACUAAGUAUUUGUAGAUAAUAUAACCAUCGAUUAAUUAAUAUACCUGAUGCAUUUAAUCUAUAAUACUACUUAAUAAUUUAAAUUUAGCUAAUCCAAAAUAUUACCCAUGUUUUCGGGUUUUCCAGUCAAUCAGUCAAAUACAGCCCCUCAGUUAAUACUAUUUAGUCACUAGUCAAUUUUUCCAAUUUUCUGUUUUUUUUUUUAAUAAUUUCCUAAUAAAACAAUAAAUUUAAACAAUUUAUGUCAAUUUUUAAGGAAAUUUUUGUGGUAAAAUGCAGCUUUUAAAGGCAUUUUUAGAUUUUUUUUAGAGCAUUUAAAUCUGUGCACUAAUUGUAAUAAAGAAAAAAAGUUAGGGGAUCUACAGUAAAAAUUUUGAAGAUCAAAAAGUUAGUAUCACAAUUUUACAACUUUAAACCAUUUAUAGUUUUGUUUAUAACUCAAUAAUAAUUAAAACAUUGCAUAUUACAUUUUUAAAUUCAAGAAUGUUAUUAUAAAAGCAAAACGACUACUACCCUAUGUUUUUAUAUUUAGAAAAAUGUUAAAGAAAACAUUUCAAAUUAAUCAACAAAGGCUAAAAUUAAAUUUAAUGUAUUAUUUAUUAUUCUUAUAGUUAAAAGAACCUAUUGACAUUAUGUUAUCACAUGAUUGGCCUCAAGGAAUUGAGAAGUAUGGAAAUGUUAAGCAACUUGUUAAAUACAAACCCUUUUUAAAGUAAGAUUUGAACAUGAUUUAAACCCAAAAGAGAAUAGUUUCAAAAUCCUUUUAAUUAUGUUUUAGAGAAGAUAUUAAAGAAGGUAAAUUAGGUAGUAUACCAAACCGAGAAUUGUUGCAUGAAUUAAAACCAAAAUAUUGGUUCGCUGCUCAUCUUCAUUGUAAGUUUGCGGCUAUAGUCAACCAUACACCAACUGAAACUGUAAGUAGUUUUGUAUUGAUAUUAAUUAUUCUUUUUAAAUUCUAAACAAUAGACAGCAAAAUAAGAAGAAUUAGACUAAGCCAAUCUGUUCUAAAUUGUGUAAAGAAUUAUAAUGACAAAUCAUUUUAAUAUUAACAUUACUUUAUUAAUAAAUUAAUAAAAUAAAAUAAUUUUUGACUGUAAAUUAGUAUAUACAUAUAAUUGUUUUUGUUAUUUUAAUGAAUCUUGACAGGAUGAAAAGGAAAUAAAAAUUACUAAGUUCUUAUCCCUGGACAAGUGUCUACCACAAAAAAGAUUUUUACAGAUUUUAGAUAUUCCUCAUGAUGAUUCUAAACCAAUUGAUUUGGCAUAUGAUCUGGAAUGGCUUUCAGUUUUGCAUCUUACUAAUCAUUUACUUAAUAGUAAUACGAAUAUUUAUUACCUACCAGGACCUUCGGUUGAUGAAAGGUGUUUACAUAGAUUAUUAAUAAUAAAAUUAAUAUUUACAAUAAAUAACUAAUUUUUAUUUAGGUAUGAUUUUACUCCAACUGAUGAAGAAAAAACAACUGUUCUUAAAAUGUUCUCAAAUAACUUAAUAAUUUCAAACAAUUUUAUUAAACUCGGAAAUUAUAAAACUAAAACCAAUCCUCAAACAACUAAAUUUUGUAACACUCUUAGAGUAGAUGAUCCUUUUGCCUUGGUAUUAGGUCACUGGCCUGGUUAUAGUUUGUUUUUUGAUAAACAAGAAGAUGAAGAUUCUGUAACAGAUUCUACAUAUUCAUCUUUUUUAAACUCUACUGUAUGUUCAAAUAAUGACAAUGAAUUAAAUGAGACAAUUGAAACAACACCUAAAACUCAAUUUGUGUUACCUGAGCCAAAAAAUGAUACUGUGGAUAUAAAUACAGAUGGAGAGUCACUUUUGAAUAAUUUUAACAUAGCAACAGCAAAUAUAUCUACAGAUGAAUCAAAGUAUGAAGAUUCAAAUAUUAAAAAUAAUUGUACAUCACAAAGUAAAUAUUGUUAUAUUAUUAAUACAAAUUAUUUUAUUAUAACUGAUCAAUACUAUUUUUAGUUUUUGCUGAAGAAAAUUCUACAAAUCAUUCACCAUCUAAAAAGAUGUGCCUGAAAAGAAGAAAUUACUUAAAUAUGAAUGAUAAUGAUAGUGAAUAAUAAAUAUAUAUUCAUAAUGAUUUUAAGGUUAAAACUUUUACAAUAACUAUAUUUACAUAAUGCACCCAAACAUUUUCUAUACUUCACUUAAUAUAUUUAUUUUAUUUUAUAUUAGUAGUACUUACUAUUAUAUAUAUAUUUGAAAACAUAUUUAUUUAAUUUAAUGAAAUAUUUAUAUUAUAAUACAAAACUAUAAUUUCGCCAUUUUUGCACAUAAUUUAUAAUUUUAUUGGUCUAUCUGUAAUGUAGUUUUAAUUAAUUUGUAUAAAUAUAUAUAUUUAUAUAAUAUAUUAUAAUUUAACUCAUUUUUAACUUAUUUAUUAUUUAAUAAUUAUUAACUUAAGAAGCCUUAGAAAAUAAUUUUAAAAUCAAUACAAUUAAUUUGUUUAAAAUUUUAGUGGUUAAUAUAAGUUACUU